AUGUCCAUCUUGGUGCAAACAAAAUUAUACCACAGUUUGUGGAAGGACUUCCUGAUGUCAACAGUAGCUAAGGUCUUUGUCAUCACUGGAACUGCAUCUGGAACUGGUAAUGUUGCUGCAAGAAUAGUGGCCAAGCUUGGCGGUGUAGCUGUUUUGCUCAAUGGAAAGUCUGAGCGCUCCAACAAGUCUUUGGCGGCCAUGAAAGAGGAUAAUCCUGAAGGCAAGUUGUGCCCAUCAAGUGCAACUUGCAAAGCUUCCAGUCUGUCAAGAAAGCCAUCGCUGAGAUCAAGAGCAAGUACUCUAGCAUUUAUUGCCUCGCACAAUGCUGGUAUCAUGGCCACUCCUGAUAAGGCCACUGUCAACGGCUACAACACCCAAAUGCAAACCGAUCACCUCUCUCAUUUCCUACUCGUUGAGGAACUCAUGCCUGUACUAGGGGCCGGAGCUGCUGCUAAUGUCGCCGCCCGGAUUGCGGCCAUAUAG